GGCAGCUGUCUGUCUGCACCCGACAGACAGGCAGAUAUGUGACAGUACCCUAAACGUAACGAAUGCAUGGUGGAAAGGAAAGAAAAUAGUUUUAAAAAGUCUGUCAGUGUUGUGAAAUUGUAAAAGUGUAUAAUAAUUAUUGAUCGAUAAAAGGAUUUGCGGAGGCUUACCAUUUGAAAAAUACUGUAAUCUUAAAAAGUAUUUCUUGAGCUUAAAAGAAGACGUUAAGUUUAUUGCUCCUAAAAUGCAAAAUACUGAUUUCCUAAAAAAAUAAUGACCUAACUAUUUGAGGUUAGAAAAGUUUCUAAUUGACUAUUGACAGUUGAUAAAAAUUGUCGUUUGUUCUAGUUGCAAGUGACAUGUUUAAGGAAAGUAAGUCACUAUUAAAUGCCAUAUACAUAAAUUAAUGGGAUCCAGUAACUUCUAUCAGGCUUUUGUUAUGGCAGUUACAGAUGAAUGAUAUUAUCACGCAAGCUGUUAUCAGUAUCUGUUGAAUUUUUCUUUGUCUCCGAAGCUGAUAAGGCAAUACUUCAGUGAAAAUUAUGCAUAUGUGGUACUGGUUGGGUAUUGACUUGGAGUCGUUUUUAUUUUCGGGAUACAAUGUAAGCACUACCGUGGGAUUAGUCGCAACCUGUUUUGGCUUGGCUGCCUUAGCAGUUCUCUACGAAGGCAUGAAAAUUGCGCAAAUAAAGUUGAGGCAAUUGUCAAUGGCUUCUAUUCUUCCGGACGGCCAAAGAACUUCGGAAAAUUCUUCCUUACUUUUUAGAAUUUACCCGAGGUCCUUCAAGCCCUUUACUUCAUGUCGCUGUGAAAGUUGGAGCAAGUGGUUGUUGGAAGUUUGCCACUGGUCUUUUCACACUUUACUUGGCUAUUUACUAAUGUUGGCAAUAAUGACGUACAAUGGUUACAUAAGCAUUGCCAUUGCCCUGGGAAGUUGUUUCGGUUAUUGGAUAUUUGGUCCAUCCCUCGUUGAGUCAAACAUAGCACAAUUUCAAGCAAAGGGUCUAAAAAUUAAAUGUACUGAUCAAUGUGCAGAUGCAUUAAUUACUUCAGAAAUAAGAGAAUCUACUGUUUCAACAGUAGCGGAUGAGUCAGCAACGUCAAUAGAAACUAAUGUCGAGGUUCAUGCCCCCAGUGACGCAAUUCAUUAAAGCACAAGGAGUAAAAAAGACUGAUUUUGAUAUUACGUACUUCAGUGAAUUCUCGAGAAGCUUUACGUUCAUUUUAAGAUAUAUUAAUUUUGAGAUUUAAAAUAUUUUUAACUACACUGCCGUGCAAACAAAGAACACCAUAUCAAUAUUAUAAUACAAUUUUUUAUAUUUAAACGUAUUUUUACAUUAUUUUUAUUUACCAGUGGCUUCCAUUCGAUGGAUGCAGGGGGGGGGGGGCGCUUCCCCUAGUCUUGAGUUUCUAAGCUAACAAUCUUGUCCUUUUUUAUUGUUUUCUUAUAAAAAUUUAACUGUUCCCUCCGAUGGAUAAGUAAGUUUAUAUAUUCACGAAAAAAAAAACAAAAAUAUUUACACUAUCAUAGGAAAAUUAUCGCUACGAUCAGCGAAAGUAUUAUUAAAAAGCAUUGCUGACUUUGAAACGCGAUUACUCUAAAAAUAGAGCGAGAAAUU